AUGCCAAAGAAUGAGCCGUACGAUUAUAUUUUUAUAGCAGUUCACGGGAUAGGAACGACUGAAUCAAUGCUAGAAAAUGACUACAAAAACCUGAAGAAUAGCAUGGAGUUUGUGAGAAAAUAUUGGUUUUAUAACCAGAAUUUGAAGAUACACCUGCGUUUUAUAAACUGGAAGAAAUACAUAGUAGAUGCGCAGAACACACUAUUCGACAACGUGGCAAUUGAUACAGCCAAGGGAAUGAGAAAGGUGUUCACACUAGCAGUGUUGGACGUAACGUUUUACCUGAACCCGCGGUUCUCGGAUUACCUGAUAACGAACGUCGCUAACGAUUUAAACAAUGAAAUAUCGUCACUAAGAAACCACCCGAAUGGGUUGUUCAAGAAGGCGAAGAUAGUUAUCCUAGCGUAUUCAAUGGGAUCGGUGAUAUUGGAUGAGUUGAUAAGAACAAACCCAGAUAAAUUGUCGAACAUAGAGCCGAGUAAAAGGCCAGUGUUGGAACAUAAAAUAGAUUAUUUCUUUGCAAUAGGAAGUCCACUGUCAUGCGUAUUGGAGUAUUAUUCGCCGCAGAUUCUGAAGACGGGGUUGAGGUUCCCAGAUACGCCCAGAUACUAUAACAUAUUUCACCCGUACGACCCGAUAGCAUGCCGCUGGGAAAAGCUGAUAUACAGACACGUGAGUAAAAUACCGAAGCCGGUGAUAGCGCCGUACUGGCAAAACAACGGAUUCAAGAACUGGUACAACAUAGACCAGCAGUUCCAGUACUGCAAGUCGCUGAUAGUCGACAACCUCAGCGACGUGGCAAACACGAUAACGAAGGGACUGACCAGCUGGCUGGGAAGUAGCCAAAACAGUGUACUGAACCAGAACAUAACAAACAGCCUGAACAUAACUUUCGGAACAGUAACUGUGUGGAUUCAUGACAACACUGUAGAGUUGAUGAGAAAGGACGAAGUGAAGGCGGUGGACACGGAAGAAGUAACUAAGGACUCGGCAAGGUCGAGAUCGGAGGAGCGACAGUACGAAAACGAGUUCCUCAGCGACUUUGAAGUGGACGAUGCAUCGUGCAGUGCCCUGGAGAGGCUGAAUUUGAAUACGGACCUACCAAUAAGAUACGAUUACCAGCUACAAGAAGACGCAACGGAGCACUUUUUAAACCCACUGGCAAUACUGCAGUCGCACAUAAGCUACUGGGGAUCGAGAGAUGUGUCGUUCUUCAUACUGAAAGAAGUGCACAAGAAGAAGGAAAGAGUGCCGAUAACAUCACUGCUGACGUACAUAGAGUCGAAGGGGAAGAAUCUCGCAUUGUCGACGACAGAUGAAGCACUGAAGAAGGAGCUGUUAGGAGUAUCAGAGAAGGCGAAGAAGCUGUUGGACCAGAUUUCAAAAGAGGACAUUAAGUUUAAGAACGAUAGCGUAAUAGCGCUGAAAAACACAUGGAAUCUGAUGAACAAAAGCGGAGACGAGGAUGAUGAUCAGCCGUACGAGUCGUUAAUAUCAGAUAACAUAGAAGAUUCAAGCGUAUCACCAAAGUGA